AUGUCUACGCCUUCGCCCUCUGGGGCCCCUCAACCCACCGCCGCCGGCUAUAAUACCGCCCGGACUGCGGACGAGGAAGCCCGUCGCACCCACGCCACCACCGCCACCACCACUGGACCCAUCUCGUCCUACGUAGAGACUCUCAUCUCCAAAACUCUCGCAAAGGCUGACGUCUAUCGCUCUUUCGCCUCCGCCCUCGACUCUGAGUUAGCCCGCCUCUCCGUCGUCUCUCUAGCCCACGCACACGAAGCCGAACAGCUCGCACGAGCUAUCACGGUCACCCUGCAGAAAAGUUCUGCCUCACCUCCCUCGCCUACCCCGGAUCCUACUGCCCCAGCAAGCAAGAAGGCCCCCACUUCCCCCUACCAGAAA